AGAACGGUAGGCUGUUUAUUGUAAUGGAAUAUUGUGAUGGAGAAGAUCUCAUGAAAAGGAUCAAUAGACAACAAGGAGUGUUAUUUAGUGAAGAUCAGAUCCUGGAUUGGUUUGUACAGAUUUCUCUAGGACUAAAACAUAUUCAUGACAGGAAGAUAUUACACAGGGACAUAAAAGCUCAGAACAUUUUUCUUAGCAAGAAUGGAAUGGUUGCAAAGCUUGGUGACUUUGGUAUAGCAACAGUCCUGAAUAAUUCCAUGGAACUUGCUCGAACAUGUGUUGGAACACCUUACUACCUGUCCCCAGAGAUCUGUCAAAAUAAACCCUACAAUAAUAAAACGGAUAUUUGGUCUCUUGGCUGUGUCUUAUAUGAGCUCUGCACACUCAAGCAUCCGUUUGAGGGUAAUAACUUACACCAGCUGGUACUGAAGAUCUGUCAAGCACAUUUUGCCCCAGUAUCGCCAAGGUUUUCUUGUGACCUACGGUCCUUGAUAUCUCAGCUCUUUAAAGUAUCUCCUCGGGAUCGACCAUCUGUUAAUUCCAUUUUGAAAAGGCCCUUUUUAGAGAAUCUAAUUGCCAAAUACUUGACUCCUGAGGUGAGAAGAAUUCAAUCACACACUUGAAAGCAGAGCAAGAUCGUCAGCACCACAACCUGCUGGGAAGUUCCUUGGCCUGCUGAGUACCUUCAGAGGAAAUUCGAAGCUCAACAAUAUAAGGUGAAGGUGGAAAAGCAAUUGGGUCUUCGUCCAUCUUCAGCUGAGCCAAAUCACAACCAGAGACAAGAACUAAGAAGUGGUGGAGAAGAGCCUAGAUUCCAGGAGCUGCAGAUUAGGAAAAACAGAAUGAAGGAACAGGAAUAUUGGAAGCAGCUAGAGGAAAAACGCCAACAGUACCACAAUGACAUGAAGGAAAUUAGAAAGAAGAUGGGAAGAGGACCAGAGGAACACUCAAAAGUAAGUCAUAAAACCUAUUUGGUGAAGAAGAGUAACCUGCCUGUCCACCAAGAUGCACCUGAGGAAGAAGCACCUGCGCAGGCAAUGGAUAUGCUAAAUGAAACUUUGAUCUUUGAGGACGGCAUGAAGUUUAAGGACUAUAAGUAUAUAAAGGAGCAUGAAGAUUGUACAGAAAAAGCAUUUGAAAAACUCUGUUGUCCAGAAGCAGGGUUUUUCAUUAAGGAUUCAGUUGCUGCAGAAAACCGGAGGCAGUGGGAUACUGGAGUGUCCCAGACCCUGCUGCAAAUGAUGGCAGGGACCAAAGUCACCUCUGCCUGCUCCACUGUGCCUGACAAUGGCCAAGUUAUUGUGAUUGAAGGUGUUCCGGAAAAUAGGAAACAGUGGCGGCAUGAAGUGCCAGGAACGUUGAUGAAUGUUUUGGCGGCAGCACAUCUAAUGAGUUGCUCAUUUUCUGCCAGCGAAGGAGAAUUUGUGGGACCAUUAAAACAACAGCUUCCUAAAGAAGAGGAGGAGGAGGUGGAAAUGGCCUCUGGCAUUGAAGUAGAUGAGGAACAACUAGAACCAGAAUCUGAUGAUGAUGAUAUAAAUUUUGAAGAAUCUGAAGAUGAGUUGAGAGAAGUAAUAGAAUCCCUAGAAAAACUCGCUAUUUCCAAAGAGGAAGAAAAAAGAGAAGAGGCUUCCGGUUCCUCUAAGGCCUCUGAAAAAUCAGGAGAAAGAGAGGGGAUAAGCAUGCCAAAACCUGAGGGAUUAAAUGAAGGUGUGGAAAGUGUUUCUGCUCCAUCUAAUGACCAGACUUGUAUUGUUGAUGAAGACCAAGGAACAUUAACAACCAGUCAAGAUAUACAAGUCUGAUUAUUGUACCUUUUCUUAAAUAAGUUAGC